AUGGCUGACGCUGAGAAACAAGCCGAGAUUCGCGAGAAGAAGAGCCGCAACAACAUGCGCGAGCUCAAGAUCCAAAAACUCUGCCUCAACAUCUGUGUCGGAGAAUCUGGAGAUCGUCUCACCCGUGCCGCUAAAGUUAGUUUCAGUUAUCUAACCUUUUGAAAAACAGUAGUAAUAGUUCAUGAUUUUGUCAAAACUAAGUACAUCAUCACGAAAAAAAUUGAUGAUAUUUUUUAUUGAAAAGAGAAACUUGUUCCACAUCUUUUCAUGAUUUUUGGUCAUAAUUCCAGUCACACAAUUGCCAUUGUGAAACAUAUGAAAAAGAAAAUAAAAGGGAUGGUUUCAUGAAAAGAAAACCGAACGUUGUUUUUACAGGUUUUGGAACAACUUACUGGACAAACCCCAGUCUUCUCCAAGGCCCGAUACACCGUCAGAACUUUCGGAAUCAGAAGAAACGAAAAGAUCUCUGUCCACUGUACCGUCCGAGGACCAAAAGCUGAGGAAAUCCUCGAAAAGGGACUCAAGGUCAAGGAAUACGAGUUGUACAAAGAAAACUUCUCUGACACCGGAAACUUCGGAUUUGGUCUUCAAGUGAGUUUACUUAAUUUUUGCAAAAUUUUCCUAAUCUAAUUUGUGAAUUCUAGGAGCACAUCGAUCUUGGAAUCAAGUAUGAUCCAUCAAUCGGAAUCUACGGUAUGGACUUCUACGUCGUUCUCGGACGCAAUGGAGGACGUGUCUCGAAGAGAAGACGUGCUCCAGGACGUAUCGGAAUCACCCACCGAGUUGGACGUGAAGAAUCAAUCAAAUGGUUCCAACAAAAGGUAAAUUUACUUUAUAAUUCAAAUUUUAAAACCUAAAGUUUCCUAUUUUCAGUAUGAUGGUAUCAUUCUCCCACCAAAGCCAAAAACUAAGAAAAAUGUCUACCGUCGUCGUUAA